AUGGGUCGAGCACCAACUGUCGUCAUUGCUACGGAUACAAUAAAAGCCAAGAAACACAUUGAUCUUCCUGAUCUGACAAAGCGUCUUCUCGCUUUGCCUGACAACAAAACAGAACAUUUACCCGGCUAUCUACCUCUCGUACCAGGCAUGCCAGUGUUGUUACAAGAAAAUAUUGCUUGUGAACUUGGUCUCUCGAACGGUACACAAGGUAUCUUCCGUGAGUUAAUUUAUGAUCAUUCGUCAGAACUUACUACCGGUUCUGAUGAAGAACGUUUUACGGCUGAUACUGCCUUUGUGCGCAAUGCUCAAUAUGCAUUGGUAGAAAUACCCAAGUCCAAAUUGAAAAAUCUAGAUUCGCUCGAUCCAUUUAUCAUUCCUAUUCCUGUGAUCGAGAAAACAUUCGAAAUCAAUCUCGAGAAAUUGUAUGCUGACAAGGGAGUAAUUAUGAAAAUGUUCAAAGAUAAAAAACUUAAGGCUACUAUUUCUGUGAAGAGAAAAGCAUUGCCACUUAUACCGGCCUACUCUAUUACUACUCAUAAGAGUCAAGGUCAGACGCUGCCAAAAAUAGUUAUCGAUUUGAAUAUGCCACCGGGAAUGUUAGAAGUGGCAUCGGCUUAUGUACCACUAUCACGAGUAGAACAACUUACAGAUCUCGUUAUUUUACAAGACUUCAACAUCAGUGCUUUGCAAGUAAAACCAUCUAAAGGACAAAUCGCUGAGCUUAACAGACUAGCUGUACUUUUUCAACAAACAAAGCAACGUUAUGGUCAAUACUUCCUGUGA